AUGUUUAAAUUUGUGUGUCUUUUCGCGCUGAUUGCCUCAACGGCGGCAGCUGCCUCCGAGGCAGACAGUCUAUUGACGAGUGCCCUCAAAAUGGUCAAGGAUUGCGGCGACCGAUCGAUGGUGUUGUGCAUGAAGGAACGUGCCCUGCAUUACUUUGAUACGGAAAACGGAGAUGUGAGGCUGACAGAGGGCAUUGCCUUGGUGAAAACCGAUGAAAUUCCAGUAGGCCGAUCGCUCAAUGAUGUCCAGCUGCCCGAAGAGGUGGAAGCCCGUGAAUCUGAGGUCGAUUCAUUGCUGGUGGAGCGUGUUGCUCGCUUCUUUGGCACACACACAUUGCAAUUCAAGGUCCCCAAGGACUCCAUCCAGGAUAUGCAACGUGCUUUGGAAGAGUCUCGCGGCAAGAAGAAGGAGAAGAAGAAGUAUUUGAUGCCACUGUUGAUGCUUUUCAAACUGAAAAUGGCCGCUCUGCUGCCUCUGGCUAUUGGCUUCUUGGCACUGAUCUCAUUCAAGGCUUUGGUCAUUGGCAAGAUUGCUCUGCUGCUCUCGGGCAUCAUUGGACUGAAGAAGCUGUUGGAAUCAAAGAAAGAGAACUACGAGGUUGUUGCGCAUCCGCACUAUGAACACGAGCAUAGCUAUGGUCGAUCGCUGCAAGGCGGCGAGGCUCAGAAUCUGGCCUAUGCGGCGUAUAAGCAAUAAGCAUCCAAAGCAACAAAAAAAAAUUCAGUGCAAUACAAAAAGCAAAGAGAACAAAUGAACAAAAUCGGGAAUACGUAUGAGAACGUGGACAUUAACGAGGAGAGGAGCAAAGGUUCAUUGCUCAUUUAAUUUAUAUUUAUUUAUUUAACUUAUUUGUGUAGAAUAAUGUCAUGGAAAAAUUCUAUGUAAGGCGCCAUUCAACAAACAUUAAUGACAUCAACAAAAAUAGCAACAGCAAAAGAGAAAGAAAACAAAGACAAGAAAUCCAUAGCUAUUAAGUUCAAUUGGCAGAUGGGCGAUUAAAAAAGAGCUGCAGCUGGGCGUGGUAUCAAAUGGGCUGAUGACAAAUCAAUCAAGUUCUGGGCACUUUUUUUUACAAACUUAAUCUAAUUUUAAACAACUCAAGUGACUGCAUUUUGUAUAAAUAUACUCAGAGCUUUACUAUAUACUAUUUUUAAAACUUAACGCUUAACUACUACUCAACUAAACUAACAACUAAACUAAACUAAUUUAAACUGUUGAAACUUUGUAUGAACUGUUGCUGCUGCUAUUAUGUGCUUGGGGCUCCCACAGAGAAAAGCCCAACAUGCCAGCCACCCCAGCAGCUAAGCCACCCUACCAAGCAGGCCAGCCAUUAAUCCCCAUCAGCGCUAAGAAAAGCCCCAACAAAACUUGCAAAUGAAAUUUACUUAAUCGAAAGAGAAAUAAAAACUGUCGCAUUAAUUUGUAA